AUGGUGGUUUUCAUAGAUGACAUCUUAGUUUAUUAUAAGACGGCAAAGGAGCAUGAGGAACACUUGAGGAUUGUGUUGCAGAUCUUAAAGGAGCAGAAAUUGUAUGCUAAGUUGUCGAAGUGUGAGUUCUCGAAGGAAGAAGUAAAGUUCUUAGGUCAUGUGGUGAGAAAGGGAGGAAUAGCCGUAGAUCCUUCGAAAGUAGAGACGGUGAUGGAAUGGGAAAGACCAACGACGGUGACGGAAGUUAGGAGCUUCUUGGGCUUAGCCGGAUAUUACCAGAGAUUCAUUGAAGGAUUUUCCUGGAUUGCACUACCAAUGCUUAAGUUGACAAGGAAAGAGGUGCCGUUUGUGUGGACGUCAGAGUGUGAAGAAAGUUUUCAAACUUUAAAGCAGAAGUUAACUUCAGCACCUGUUUUGAUCUUACCAGAAUCGCACAAACCGUUUGAAGUAUAUUGUGAUACUUCUUUGAAGGGUUUGGGUUGCGUGCUGAUGCAACACUGA